UCAUCAUUCUCAUCUUCUAUCUCCCAGAGGAAAUUAGCAUAAGCUGCAUGUAUGUGGCUGUCAACACAUCAAAGAUGAAGAGGUUGUCAAUGAACCAGGUGAAGGUUCAGGGAAUCCACCACAUUUUCAGGGAAGCCAACAAGCUGGCACAUAUGAUGGCUAGGAGAGCACUGUGUGACAACAAAGGCAGGGAUCUUACUAUUCUCUACUACCCCCCACAUUUUGCAGGUAACGUCUUAAGAUCGGACAGUGAAGACACUACUCAUCUUAUUGAAAAUAUUAGGAAAGAUGUUUGUUCAAGACUAGCUUAUUUUGGGAACAAAAAUAUCCUUCGAGACAUGUUAUAUAAUAGCCAAGUAGUAAGUGGCCCACCGGGCAAUUAUGGAUGUAUGAACCCUACUAUUAUGUGAUAUCUAAAUAAGA